GGGUCCAACGCCGGCGCAGUGUGUUGGCACAAAACGUCAAGUGCGUGUACCCCGCUGGUCUAUAUCUCUCUCUCUCUCGGAUAUUUUGGCUCCUCCUCCUUUCUGCGCCGAUCCUCUCGGCGCGACUCGCGUUCAUUCUUCACAGACUCACACCAUCCCUCACUCCAUCUCUGCCUCUUUUCUCUCCCCUUACCCGUUCUCAAACUUUUGGCUACACCAAGAGGAGAGCCCAGUCAAAGUCCAGCCAGCAACUCCCGCGCUGCUGCCGCCGCUGCCGCUGCUGCUGCUGUCGUCUCGGAAAUACUCCGAUCAGCAUAUCCCCCCUACCCCAUCCAACCGCCACUUGCAUUUGAAAAGAAAUCCUCCCCGACUCCUUCCAAAGUCGAUCCCCCCCCCCCCACCCACCUUUUUCCACCUCUUUUUCUCUUAACCACCCUACCACCCGUACCAUCUCUUUGCCACCUACUCCCGGCGUCGUCGUCGUUCGUUCCUUGUAUAACUGGUGGAGAGUGUGUGCGUGUGUGUGUGUGUGUGAGUGUGUGUGCGCGCCAGUGUGUGUGUGUGUUUCUUUUUUCCAGCCCCUCAACACCUUCGGCCAUCGCUCAGGAGCAACACUCUCGACAUUCCCUCAGCCGCCACCGACCAGGAGACAAGUCCUGAGCCGAGUUGUUGUUGUUGUGGUGUCUCUGUGUGUGCGUGCGUGCGUGUGUGUCAUGUACCGAUCCUUAUUUUCUCGUCCGGCAAUGUGUCGGCCAGUGUCUCAGUGUCUCAAAUGACGGAAACCUUUGCCCAGUGAAACGGUUUUGAAUGGGAAAUCUUGGAUCGAGGAGCCGCCAGGAGCCAUUUUCGUCCGCCAAGGCAAAGUGCAAGUUGCAAAGUUGUUGUUGCUGUUGUUGACUCGGAUCGGGAGGAAAACGACGACGACGACGACGGACUCGAUCGGCUCCAUCGAUGCGAGCCAUCAGUUUGAGUGGAAUCAACAACAACAACAACAACCAGAGGAGCAGGAACAGGAGCGGCUCGUCGGUUGUUGGGCAGAGGCGGCGGCGACCGCUUUGAACGAGUCGGUCGUCGACGGUGGAUCCUACGGUCCAGCAUGUUGCCCGGGAAGGGCACCGGCCAUCAUGAAGGUCUCGUCAGAGUACUUGUCGAAAAUUCGCGUCCGCUUCAAACCUUGCCGACAACUAAUACGGCCGGCUUCACUAACAACGACAACAACAACAGCAACAACAACAACUCGUCUCCGGCUGAUGACAGCUCUCUUGCUCAUCCUACUCUUGCCUCGCUCCUUGUCAGCUCAAGGCUACGACGUGUUUAUCGACUUGGAAGAGGAAGGUACGUCGCUGGACGACACCAAGAUCUCCGUCUCCACCACUAACGACGGACUAAAAUGCGAUCGGACGUUUGUGAGCACGAACGAAGGGUCUCGCAACGGGACGUUCGCUUCGCCGCUGUUGGAGAACCAAGAAGGACACGUGCGCCAAUGUCUGUUCACGUUCGUGGCCGCCCCGGGAGAGCGCGUUCAUCUGACUUUCAACAUGUUCAAUCUACGCGGCACGCCCCCAGAUGGAUCCACCGCCGGACACACAGCCAUGUGCAGUCACGAGUACAUCGACCUUUACACGGAGAUUCCCGACUCGGAGCCCGUCGACUUGAUCCACUCGCCGUUCGGCGGACGCUACUGCGGUCAGAUCCCGCCCCGUCGGCGCGUGUCGCUCUACCGGACGGCCGUUUUGGGAUUUUUCACCGACAAGAAUUCGACCACCUCCGACGACCUUCUCUUCCAGGGCACCUAUCUCUUCUUCAAAGACGAUCAAUUUCAAGUGGGGACGCCCGUUCCUCGCACGACGUGCAACUUCACCAUCGACGGCCUAGUGAAACGCCAGGGCGACAUCAUGACGCCCACCUAUCCGGGCGUCUAUCCCAAAGACAUGACCUGUGCCUAUAAAUUCGUCGGGAAGAAAGGCCAGCGCAUCCGGCUCGAAUUCAGGGACUUUGACACUUUCUACGGAGGCCCUCAUUGUCCGUUGGACGCCGUCGACGUUUACGACGGGUUGGACGCCAAAGCCCCGCUGAUUGGACGCUACUGCGGCCAGCAGCGCAACGUGGUCAUCUUCUCGACCGAGCAUCACCUCCUUGUCACGUUCACGACGCUCAAACGGACGGCCGACUCGCAGAACCGCGGAUUUCUGGCAAAGUUCGAAUUCAGCGAGACUUUCGUCAAACUUGAUUUCAUUAGCCGCGAGGAUAGCAAACACGACAGAGGCUCCGAGUGCGACCAGACGAUCCUGAGCCGCAAAGGAUCCUCGGCUGUCGUCUACAGUCCCAAUUACCCGUUUCCUUACAGUCCAGGCAUCGUCUGCAAGUACAACGUCUACGGCCUGCAGGACGAGCAGCACUUUGAGCGCAUCCGGCUGGAUUUCGAAAAAUUCGACAUCCCAUCAGCCGAUAACACGUGCGCCGAUGGCUUCCUGAGAAUCUACCUGAAAGGUCAAGACAUUAGCGUGACGUAUCUGUACGAGAAACACGACCACGAGCUGUGCAGCAACAAUGUCAGCUCGCCGUACUGGUCGGAAGGCCAGCGACUGUCCAUGAUCUUCUCCAGUGGACAGAGCCAGGGUUCCGGCUUCAAAGCUCGAUUCUUAUUCGCUACAGAAUAUUCGAUCCCCGGGACUCCGUCGCCGCUGGGCGGAUGUAAUUUCACUUACAUGAGCGCCAGCAAGAAACGCGGUGACUUUAACUCGCCCAGACAUCCGGCCCGCUACCCGUCCAACCUGACAUGCACCUACAACUUUAUUCUGGCCGGAUCCAACGAGAAUGUCCGGCUCUACUUUGACCAGUUCAAAGUGCGCGCCAACGACACGACCGUCUUUUACGGCUCCUACUGCCAAGAAGAUUGGGUCGAGAUCUACAAUGUCUUUUACGGCGGCAGAGAGGUCUUACUCGGCCGUUAUUGUGGCGACUCGUUCCCCGGACCCGUCGAAUCUGAUCCCGGAUCCAUCGGACUGAAAGUGAUCCUGCACACGGACGAAGAAGGAGUCUUUAAUGGAUUCAAGGGCAGGUACACAUUCGACGAGAACGACUCGAUCAAUAGAGACUGCGGCAGUAAUCUGAGCGUUCCGGGAGCCGCCAGCGGUGUCUUCACCAGUCCCAAGUACCCGGAGAAGUAUGAUCGUAGCUCGGGCCUGCUCAGCUGCUCGUGGCAGAUCCAUUCAGCUCGGGAUCACCGCAUCCUUCUUCACUUUGAGUCCUUCUCCAUCGAGGGCGAGAUGGAGACUCGCGGAUGUGCGGCGGCCGCCGUCCGCGUUUGGAAGAGACUGGACGAACCGCCGGUGGAAAUUUGCGGAGAGAAUUUGAAGGCCGAGCACGAAACGUUCAUGUCCGAAGGCAACGUCAUGAAAAUCACGUUUACAACGGCGGAUAAAGUGGCGGGCGGUAGAGGCUUCCGGGCCGUGUGGACGGAAGUGAAAACUCCGGCUCUGGUCGGCGGCUACGACUGCGACGAAGGCGGGCAGUACUUUCGCUGCGCCAACAACACCUUUUGCAUAGCCAAACAGCUGGAAUGCGACGGAAAUCCCAAUUGCGGACUCAACGACGGUUCCGACGAAGGCGAGCACUGUGCCGCUAUGGUGGGCGGCGAAGAAUCUUCUCCGGUGCUCCUGAUGUUGACACUGGGCGCCUGUGCUUUGACUCUGCUCAUGACUUUGUGUAUCGUGUGCCAUCGAAGGCAGCGGCGGAGGCCGCCCAGCAUCAACUACGAGCGGCGGCCGUUCGCACCGCCGCCGCCGUUCGACACCAUGUCGUCGCGUCCGUCGAUGUCGCUCCCGUCCGACAUCCCGUCGCCGCCGCCGCCGGCUCAACUCUACACGAGUCUGCCUCCGCUCUCGAUCGACGUCGGCGAUAACGUCUGAUCACGUCGAUCUCCUAAUUAAAUGAAAUGCAAACACACACACAAAUAUUCCGACUGGAAUACAAUCUAUAUAAAUAGACUCAAGAAAAUUUUCAAAAACUUGUGGCAUGGCCAAAAACCUACUAAAAGAAAAACAAAUUUGCUCGAGAUAUUUUGUUUUGUUAAUAACAAAAAAGAAAAAAAGAAAAUAAAAAAUAAAAAAAAAAAAUGUGUCGCUGCCCAUGUGUGCCGCUGGUCGAUCUAUUUGUCAACGCUUCAAGCAAGCCAGUGUGUACACCUCGGUUCUGUAUCUCUCUCUUUCAUCCGCUUCCCUCUCUGACUUUUCUUUCUCUCUCUUUCUCUCAUCUUGAAUUUUUAUUUUCGCUCUGUCUCUUUCUUAUAUAUAAUAGUUACUUCAAAAAUUCUUACGACAACAUUUCACAUCUAUUGGAGAAAAAAUACCCACGCCCAGCAUCACGUUUGAAUGUGUAUACGUCGGAUUUCAGCUCAUCUCUAAACAAACGUGACGACUAAAGAAAAUCAGUUUGAAAAAGUGGCGUGCAAUGAAUUAUUGGUGUGAGUGAACCCAAGUGCUGCGCGCGUGAAAAACAUUUCAAAAAGGCCGUUUUGUUUUAAAAUAAACUCGUCGACAAUCGUGUACUACUACUACUACCGUGUGCAAUAUGUUUUGGGUUUUUGCAAUGACCGUGACGACGAGUUCUCUUUUGUACAUUCUGCACACAAGUGUGAAAGUGCCAAAAAAAUGCCCCGAAAACCUUCCCUCCUCCUGAAAAAUAAAAAGCAAACACAAAAAAAAAAUUAAUAAUAAUAAAUAAUUUCCCCCGCUCUCGCGUACGUCACGAUUUGAUGAUAUAUAUGCUCUUAUAUAAUUCAGUUAGGUGAAUGUGUAUGUGACGAUCGAAUAAUCGCCCAUGAUGAUGCUGUAAUUGAAAAUUGUUGUCAAAGUUUGCAAUUAUUUGGAAAUGCGCGUGUGCAGCAAGACGUAUUUGUUGACAGUCGAAAAAAAAAACAUUGAUGGGUAGUAUCAACAUUUCUAUAGUGACGAAAGUUAUGGUACAAUCACAAAUAUAAGUUGAAGUUGAA